ACCUUUUUCAGUUCACGACGACGCCGUAGGGCUGAACAGCGUUCUGAAGAUUUCCGCCGUUUACCCUUCGUGGCAGAUGAUGAAGUGGAAGAGGACGAGUUUUUCCCCGUCUCACAACCAAUCAACACAACAGAAGACGGAAGUGAUUGUCUCGACCAGCUGCUUGCUGGUAAAUUUGAAACUGACCGCACAAUGGUUCGUGAAGCUAUUCUCACACAGACCGACGGAUGUACGGAAAAGAUAAAGGAACUACGUUUUCUCAUAGCCGCUGUACAAACAUUUGGCAAUGUAGAUGGGAUGUGCCUUAUGGCCGAAUAUGCCAUGAAUGAGUUCAAUCUAAGGGACGGAGUAGUCGACAGGUUUUCGACGCUUGUUGGUCCUUGGCAAAUUCCAAAUGACAUUCAGCGGAAUAGAGCAGAAUUCCAUUCAAAUGAGACUCAUCGUAUCCCCUUAACAAUCACUUCUACUCAGUACGAUAAAAGACAGCUUGUAAUGGAGAUCUUGGGAAGGUGUGAACCUGAAAUCGCUCGUCACCAAGGUAUACGUGUCGGUCUUUAUUCCGAUGAGGUAAGACCAUUAUACUUUGGUUACUCGCCCCAAAUGUUGUAA